AUGUGUCUCUUUUCUCUUUCAUUUUUAAAAAAAUGUCGCCUUUCUCUUUUAUUUUUUAAAAUUGCCUCCUUUCUUUUUUUUAAUUUUGCCUCCUGUCUCUCUUAUUUUCUGAUUUUGUUUCCUUUCCCUUUCAUUAAUUUUACAAUGUGUCUCCUUUCUCUUUCAUUUUUUAAAAUUGCCUCCUUUCUUUUUUUUAAUUUUGCCUCCUAUUUUUUCCCUUUCAUAUUAAUUUUUUUUUACAUUAUCUUUCAUUUUUUCAUUGUUUCCUUUCUCUUACCUUCUCUCAUUUUGUUUCCUUUCUCUUACCUUCUCUCAUUUUGUUUCCUUUCUCUUACCUUCUCUCAUUUUGUUUCCUUUCUCUUACCUUCUCUCAUUUUGUUUCCUUUCUCUUACCUUCUCUCAUUUUGUUUCCUUUCUCUUACCUUCUCUCAUUUGUUUCCUUUCUCUUUCUCUCAUUUUGUCUUUCUCUUACCUUCUCUUAUUUUGUUUCCUUUCUCUUACCUUCUCUCAUUUUGUUUCCUUUCUCUUACCUUCUCUCAUUUUGUUUCCUUUCUCUUAUUUUGUUUCCUUUCUCUUACCUUCUCUCUUUUUUUGUUUCUUUACCUUCUUACCUUUCUCUCAUUUUGUUUCCUUUCUCUUACCUUCUCUCAUUUUGUUUCCUUUCUCUUACCUUCUCUCAUUUUGUUUCCUUUCUCUUACCUUCUCUCAUUUUGUUUCCUUUCUCUUACCUUCUCUCAUUUUGUUUCCUUUCUUUACCUUUCUCUUACCUUUUUUGUUUCCUUUCUCCCACCUUCUCUCACCUUUCUCUCUCUCAUUUUGUUUCCUUUCUCUUACCUUCUCUCAUUUUUGUUUCCUUUCUCUUUACCUUCUCUCAUUUUGUUUCCUUUCUCUUUCAUUUUCUUAAUUUUGUCACCCUACAUUUCUAUUUGCUUCUGUUCUCUUUUCCUCAGAUUUUUCUUUAAUAUUCCUUCUUGUCUUUUUUAUAUUUCUCCUUCGCAUUUUUCUUUAUUUUUCUUUGUUUCUUUUUUUUUUCUUUCUCUAUUCUCCCUCUGCUUUGUAUUUUUAUUGCAUUCACAUCCUUUCUUCAUUCUUUUUCCUUCUUUUCCAUAUCCUUCUUCUCUCUUCUUCCAUAUCCUCCUUCUCUCUUCUUCCAUUCUCCACUUUCUAUUCUUUCUUUAUUUUAAUCAUUUUCUUUUGGGUUUUCUCUCUCUUUUUCAGUCUUUUGCUGAUUUACCCUAA